UUUUUUUAUUUUAGUAUAUCAAUAAUUUAAAAAAAUUAUACGUUAUGAUUUAUGAAAAACUAUUUUUUGUCGCAUUGAUUAUUUGUCUUCCAGAAUUUUCUAAGCCAUUUGUCAUUGAAGAAAUAAAAAAUGAUGAUAUCACUCAAGAUUUCGUUUUAAUGCUUAAUCAAAUUGAAUCUAUAGUAAGUCCAAUUUUAUUUCCAGAAAAAGCUCUAAGUCUAUUUGAUGAAGAAGAGGUUGAUGCUUUAUUAAAUAAAACCACUAAGAUUCCAGGUAGUAUUAUUGAAAAAGUAAACCUCUUUAGUAAUAUUACAAAAGCUGAAAAGCUGAGCAUAGAAAAAAAAUUAAAAGUGAAAGAGAAGUAUGAAAACAAAAAAAAUUCACUGCAAUGUAUUAAUACUUUAAUUUUAAAUGCUAUUAUCUGGAAUAUAAAAAAUGCAUUGUUAAUAAAUGAAAUGCCAAAUCCAGAUAAACUAGAAAUCUUUGAAAAAUAUAAAAUGUAUUUAUCUCGUAUGCUGUCUAUAUUAUAUUAUGGCCAUAUUAGAGCCAAUAGAUGGCAAACUGAUUUAUAUACUAAAUUGCUCAACAUAGCAGAUACAGAGAGGAAUGAAAUUAUAAUGAAAAUAAAAUUUAUAAACCAAGAUUUUCUUUGGAAAGAAAUCAACGAAGAUUUAAUUAAGUGUGAAGUAAGAAAUUUUAUUCCAAAACAUCAGACACGAUUGACUAAAGAUGAAUUUUACAGUUUUUAUAAAGUUUUUGACAUCAUCGAACAGUUGUAUAACAAUGAAGAAAUGAAUCGAGGAUAUAUUUAUGAAAAAAUGUUUAGUAUGGAAAAUAUGAUGUUGUACUUUAUACAAGAUCAGUAUAAAGUAAUUUUUGGACGAAUGGCUACUGGAGAAAUUGAUUUGCAAAAUAAUAUGAAUGACAUGGAAAAAUUGAAAAUAUAUAUUAACACGAUUUAUAAAAAAAAUGAAUGGAUCAUCGAACAUCCUCGUAUAAAACUAAAAUAUCAUUUAAUGUUUCAAGAAAUUGUGUUUACACAUAUUUUGCGGUAUAUCUUAUUACAUAUGCAGCAAUUUUUAAUUACUUUUAGUACUUGGACAGCGAUAAAUUGUUAUAACGAAUGUUCGUCAAUACAAAUGUCAAUUUAUCAAUAUAGAAAUUUAUGGCAUCUUAUUGUGGAACCACUAAAAGAUGCUAUUAAACUAUUAGGUUUCAAGGAUACUUUGUUAAAUGCAAUAUUGAUGCUUUUUGAGAACAAUUCACUAAACCAGUCUAAAUAUUACACAUUAUAUUAUCAAGCUAAAUUUUUACACAGACGUUGUUUAAAUGGUUUAUUUGUUCGAAUUGGAAAAUCAGAGUAUCAACUCUAUUAUGACAAACCAUAUGAUGACUUGGACGAAUUUACUAUUCAAAGAAAUAUCAGUAAAUUUAUAUAUUAUAUUAAAGAAGUUAAGACUUUAUUAAAACCAAUCAACAAUAGUUUAUUCUUUAUUAGGUUUUUAUACCAAGACGUAUUGCAUAAAUAUACAUAUACAUUUUUACCAUAUAUUAUAAAUUAUUAUACAAGUGAUGAUAUUUUCGUAUUAUGAAUUUAUACAAUAUUUAUAUUAAAAAAAAACCAAAAAAUGUAUUCCAAAUUUAUUCUUAUCUUACAUACAAUAAAUAUCG